GAGAGAGAGAGAGAGAGAGAGAGAAGAUGAGUGAGAGGAAAGUAGUGGUGGCAGUGGACGAAAGUGAAGAAAGCAUGUAUGCUCUAUCAUGGUGUCUCACCAAUCUCCUAUCACCAAAAAACAACAAUCCAAACACCACCUUAAUCCUCCUCUACGUCAAACCACCUAUUCCUUCUUACUCAUCUCUAGAUCUCACAGGGUUUUUAUUCGCGGGAGAUGCGAUUGCAAGCAUGGAGAGAUACAGCAGGGAUUUGGCGAAUUCGGUGAUGCAAAGGGCCGAGGCAGUUUGCAACAGAUGCAAUACCACAGUGCAAGUGGAGAAGAAGGUUGGAAGUGGAGAUGCUAAGGAUGUAAUAUGUGUUGCUGUCGACAAACUUGAGGCAGACAUCCUUGUCAUGGGAAGCCAUGACUAUGGUUUCUUCAAGAGGGCACUUUUGGGAAGUGUGAGUGAUUAUUGUGCUAAGCAUGUAAAGUGCCCAUUAGUGGUGGUAAAGCGCCCAGACACAACCAAGGAGUAUCAAAUAUAGUAGAGCUGUUAAGAGGUUAAUGUCCAAAUCUUAAAGUUCUGGGUUUAAGUCCUCCGUCAUGAGGUAUUUAAUUUUUUUCUGUUUACUUAUGUAAUUUAUAAAAAAAUAUAUAUAGUAUAGCUCUUAAUAUUUUAUAAUUCCGGAUAUUUUUUAUGUGUUUUAUAGAUAGAUAGAUAGCGAUCGGGGAUAUCUCGAAAAAACCAAACUACUGUGGUAUUUUGCUUUUGCUGCUCUGUAUAUAUUUAAGUCGUUGAUUAGUUAAGAUAGAAAUUGCAAUAA